AGAGUGCACACACCCCAGUGGACAGAAUCACCUCUAUUUAACCCUGGCAUUUUGGCUCUCAGACGCACAAUCUGUGCAGCUCUCGCCCGCAGCAUUCAUCAUUCAUCUGUCUUCUGACCAGUCAUGACUAUGAUCUGCCAUUGCAUUGCAUUGCUGAUGUCGAUUGCUUCAGUCACCUCUGAUCAAAAUAUCAACACAAGCCACAUCAGAGUUUUUCCAGGAAAAAAUCAAAGUGUUGCAGGAGUAUUCCAGGUUAGUUUCUUAAACAAACUCAACCAACCUGACUACGCUUACAAUGCCUCUGAAGCUCGACAGCUCUGCUCGAGCCUCGGAGUGAAACUGGCCUCUAAAUCUGAAGUGCGGACAGCUCUCUCCAGAGGUUUCGAAACAUGCAGGUAUGGAUGGAUCGAUGAACAUUUUGCAGUGAUUCCCCGCAGUAAAGCCCUUUCUAACUGUGGCCAAAACCAGACAGGCUUGGUGACGUGGAGGACCUCUGUUACUAAAAAGUUUGAUGUGUUUUGCUUCAAUGAAUCAGAUGCAGCCAUACAAUUGAGGGAUACAACAACUGAUAGCAGUUUAAGGUACUCCACACAGACCCUGCUCUCUUUGUCCUCCUCCACCUCUCCUCCUUCUUCCUCCUCUACUCCUGAAACCUCAGAAAGUGAGGAGAAACCAGUCCUGUUUGUCGGCAGGGCACAAGGCUCCUCUGGGGGAAAGGCUAUUCUCAUCAUCACAACUUGUGCCCUUUUCCUGAUUGCAGUAAUCAUCCUGGCAUACUUAAAACUGCGGAACAGUCACACUGACGUGAAGCAGCAGCCGGAAGAAUACAUUGAGACCGAGGAGUGGACGAGUGUGAAGGUUAUAAAGGAAACACAGACAGCUGCUCAGGAAGAUGAGAGGAUAGAAGUGGACGACGAUACAAGUUAAACAUUCUUCCAAUAUGAGGUUCUACAGAUACAAUCUACAGAGAAGUUGUGAUGAGUAUUCAUUUUAAGAAAGAAGGUGUGCCUUUUGUUGUGUCUUGAAAGCAAUGUAACAUAAGGGUGGUAAAGUACAUUUAUUUUUGUAUAUUACAUGUUUUUUUUUAAAUAAUAUUUUCAGUUACAUGAUGCAAUUUGGCCACUAGAUGGCAGUGUUGGCGAUACAAUCUUUGUAAGGACGGAAUACUUUUUUACUGACACCAUUUGCUGCUUUGUUUAGUGUAAAUACAAUGGGUUUUUUUUCAAUUUAAAAUACUUUUGUAAAAGGCACGUUUCAUCACGAACAUAGAAUUCUCCCAGAUCACUAAAGAAAUGGACGUAUGUAGCCAUAACUCACUAAAACCUCAUUAAAACAAGCUAUUUUAUGGAGAAAC